AUGGCGGCGUCACUACUGGGCCGGGACAAGAGGAGUACGGCCGCUUCGCUGAAGGCUGAGUGCAGCCGGCAGGAUGGUAGGGGCGUGCAGCUGCUCGGAGAGCUGCUGGAUAGCGUCCUGAGCCCGGAGAGAGCGGUGGCCGAGGCCGAGGUGAUCGAGUGGUGCAAGAGCCUGAUGGCCGGUGGCGAGAGCUUCGAUGACUUCUGUAAAAUGGUGCGCGGCUAUGACAACGCGACCCUCUGCGGCUUGGUGUGGACCGCCAACUUCGUGGCGUACCGCUGCAGGACGUGCGGGAUCUCGCCGUGUAUGUCCCUGUGCGCCGAGUGCUUCAACGCCGGAGAACACACGGGUCACGAUUUCAACAUGUUUCGGAGUCAGGCGGGCGGGGCCUGUGACUGCGGGGACAGCAGUGUGAUGCGGGAAAGUGGGUUUUGUAAAAGGCAUCGGUUUGCAACAAGUUCCAAUAUUCCUUGUGUUCCUAAUGAACUGAUGAUGAUGUCAGAACAUAUCCUCCCUCGCGUUAUCCUUCAUCUUAUUCAGCAUUUACGGGACGGCUAUAAUGAACCAGAUUCUGAUCCAGCAACUGAAAGAGACCUCCAGAAGACACUCCAACAGAUGGAACCCCUGAUUUCUCUUCUGGAAGAUCUGACUAAGAUGGGAGGAGCAAUGCGAUCCAUCUUGACGAGAGUUCUUACAAAUCAUCAAAUAUACAAAGAUCUUUGCUCUGGUGAUUUGUGCACUGGAGAAAAGGCCUAUACAAAGAAGAACUAUGAAAAAUAUCUGACCGCAUUAAAAGGCUCUGGUCUAGUUUCUUCUGAGGAACGCUCUGUGACAUCUGUGUUGGAUCAAAUGGCGGGAGCAAGCAAUGUAACUAUUUUGGGUGCAACAGCAGGAACAGGACAGAUGGACUCUUCUGAUGAGGAGGAGCAAGAUGGAAGUCAAGGUGUUGGCAAACGGAAAAGAGUUAAACUCUCUAAUAGCACCAAAGAUUCAUCCAUUAUGGAUAUUUUGAAACAUAAAUGCUUUCUAGAAGAACUAUUGUUCUGGACUGUCAAAUAUGAGUUUCCACAGAAGAUGGUAACGUUUCUACUAAACAUGCUGCCUGAUCAGAGCUAUAAGAUAGCUUUUACUAAAACGUUCGUUCAACAUUAUGCCUUCAUUAUGAAAACUCUGAUUAAGAGCCAUGAAUCAGACACUAUGUCCAAUAGGAUUGUUCAUAUCAGUGUUCAGUUAUUUAGCAAUGAAGAAUUGGCACGGCAGGUGACUGAAGAAUGUCAGCUGCUGGAAAUAAUGGUCACUGUGCUACUUUAUAUGAUGGAAAGUUGCCUUAUCAAAAGUGAGUUGCAAGAUGAAGAAAACAAUUUUCAUGUUGUUGUAAACUGUGGUGAGCCACUCUUGAAAAACAAUACAUACUGGCCUUUGGUUAGUGAUUUUAUAAAUAUCCUUUCUCAUCAAAGUGUGGCAAAACGUUUCUUGGAAGAUCAGGGCCUUCUUCAGAUGUGGAUGAAUUUUGUUUCCUUUUUUCAAGGAAUGAAUUUAAACAAACGAGAGUUAAAUGAGCACGUAGAAUUUGAGUCUCAAACAUAUUAUGCUGCAUUUGCAGCAGAAUUGGAAGCCUGUGCACAGCCAAUGUGGGGACUUUUAACACAUUGUAAAAUUAGGGAGACACAGGAAUAUACCAGAACUGUGGUCAGAUACUGUCUGGAUGCAUUGCAGGAUUGGUUUGAUGCCAUUAAUUUUGUUGAUGAGCCUGCUCCUAAUCAGGUUACAUUUCACUUGCCUCUUCAUCGUUACUAUGCCAUGUUUCUGAGCAAGGCUAUUAGAUGUCAGCAAUUAGACCUUGAUUCACUCCUGCCAGAUCAAGAGAUGCUAAUGAAAAUGAUGGUUCAUCCACUUCAAAUUCAGGCAAGUCUAUCGGAGAUACACAGCAACAUGUGGGUUAGAAAUGGUCUGCAAAUUAAAGGACAGGCUAUGACCUAUGUUCAGUCCCACUUUUGCAACUCUAUGAUUGACCCAGAUAUCUUCCUUCUCCAGAUUUGUGCUUCUAGGCUGGAUCCAGAUUAUUUUGUUUCAUCUGUUUUUGAAAGAUUUAAAGUGGUGGAUUUACUGACAAUGGCAUCACAGCAUCAAAAUGCAGCACUUGACACCGAGCAUGAAAGGUCUAUGCUUGAGGGAGCCUUAACUUUCCUGGUUAUUUUACUGAGUCUUCGCAUUCAUUUAGGCAUGACAGAUGAUGAAAUCUUGAGAGCAGAAAUGGUAGCACAGCUCUGCAUGAGUGACAGAACACACAGCACAUUGUUAGACUUGAUUCCUGAAAAUCCCAAUCCAAAGAGUGGGAUUAUUCCAGGUAGCUACUAUUUUGAAACUAUGCUUUCUGCUGUAGCUGAUUUUAAAGCACCAGUCUUUGAACCAGGAGGUUCCAUGCAGCAGGGGAUGUACACACCUAAAGCUGAUGUCUGGAAUCAAGAAUUUGACCCUAUUAUGGUGAUUUUAAGAACAGUAUAUCGCAGAGAUGUGCAGUCAGCAAUGGAUAGAUACAUGGGAUUCCUAAAACAGACUGGAAAAUUCACUAGUACCCCAUGGCCACCAUAUCGGGAGAGAGCACCUUUAAAUCCCAGUUACAAAGGGUUAAUGCGCAUAUUGCACUGUAAAACUUUGCACAUUGUGCUAUUUACUCUUCUUUACAAGAUAUCGAUGGAUCACCAGAAUAUGUCUGAACAUGUUCUAUGUAUGGUAUUAUACUUGAUUGAACUUGGUCUUGACAAUUUACCAGAAGAAACAGCUGAGGAAGAGGAAAUGUUUGGUGAAGAGCGAUGUUCUGAUAGUUGGUUUCAUGGAACUAACAUAGCAACAAAUCUGCAUCAUAUCAUUAACUAUGUGCGAGUCAGACUUCCGGAGACAGCGCCAGAAGUGACCAGAGAACCACCUGCUAGCACAAGCUCAGAUACCUCUUCUUUUAUACAGGGGUCAAGAAGGGCUACUGCUCUCACCAGAGAGAAUUCAAAUACAGCUCAGGUCUUCAGUUUAGUUGCAGAACGCAGAAAAAAGUUUCAGGAGAUUAUAAAUCGCAACAGUGGCAGUGCGAUUCAAACUGCAGCUGUGAGACCAAAGACAUCAAAGUGGACUGCUCCUAAUUCAACUCCACAACUUACCACAACCAUUUUGGAAAUCAGAGAAAGUAUGCUUUCUUUACUAAUCAAGCUCCAUCAUAAACUCUCAGGAAAACAAAACUCUUAUUAUCCAUUUUGGUUAGAAGAUUCAGAAUCUACAUCCACAUUGGACCCGAUGCAACAAAUCCAUGGUGAUGGGAUAAUAGCAAUAGAAAGAAUUCUAUUAAAAACUGCAGCACGGAGUCGUCAGAACAAGUGUAGCAUUGAGGAGAUCUGUAGGAAGGUGGCACCACCUGUACCUCCUAAGAAGAGUAAUUCAGCAGAUAAGAAAGCUUUGGAUAAAGAAGAAAGACGUCAGAAAGCCAGAGAGAGACAACAGAAGUUGCUUGCUGAAUUUGCUUCAAGACAAAAAAGUUUCAUGGAAACAGCAAUGGAUCUUGAAUCACCUGAUAGUGAUGUUGCCAUGGAUGUAGGAUCAACUGAACAACCAGAUUCAGAAACUGUAUAUGACUGUGUAAUUUGUGGACAAAGUGGCCCGUCAACGGAGGAAAGACCAACAGGAUUAGUAGUUCUAUUGCAGGCUUCAUCAGUCCUUGGGCACCGUCGUAGAAGCACUGAACCAAAGAAAUUGCCAACCAGUGAUGAAGAGCAAAUUUACCCUGAGGAUACCUGUGGAACUGCACAUGAUGUCAGGAUCACAGAUUUGCAGCAGUACUUCAAAGACGCUGGCUUUGGAUUAAAAUGGGCAUUGAUGAAAAUUAAGUUCCAAAGUUCUUGCCUGCAGUCAGUGUCCAUAGGUUGGGAAGGUGGUGUGUAUGUUCAAACGUGUGGACACACUUUACAUAUUGACUGUCAUAAAUCUUAUAUGGAAUCAUUACGGAAUGACCAGGUGCUGCAGAGUUUCUCAGUGGACAAAGGAGAGUUUACAUGCCCCCUCUGUCGACAAUUUGCCAACAGUGUUCUUCCUUGUCAUCCUGAAAAGAGUGAGGAAAAGAGUAUUUGGUCACCUUACAACAGCAAGAGCCUGCUAACCCUCAUCAAGGAAGUGGAAGAGCAACAGGAACAGUUGGGAAUGUUCCCAGUAAGCAUUUGUUCAAUAACGAACUUGAGCAAGGAGAUGGAAUCUGUGAUGAAGGACAUCAGGAGUGCAACCCAAAAGAAAUACAUAGAUUACGGGAAGACUCCUGGCUCACCAGACAAUGACUUCCUCUUCAUGUAUUCAGUUGCUAGGCUGAAUUUGGAGCUUGAAUUGGUUCAUCGAGGAGGAAACUUGUGUUUAGGAGGAGCAAGUGCUACAACAAAAAGAUCAUGUUUAAAUCAGUUGUUGCAUGUGUUAGCCAUGCACAUGCGCCUUUUUAGAAUUGAUUCUGCUUAUAAUCCCUGGACACGACUUACACGACUGACACAGGUUAUGGAUUAUGGAAUAUGUGAUGAUGAGAAACCAGAGGUACCAUUAUUGUACCGGGAUGUUUCAUCUCUCUUGCUCAUCCUUGUUUUAACUAUGCCACAAGAAUUACACAAGGAACAUUUUACCUGCAUUGUGAAAGUGUUGUACAAUUUAUUAUACACACAAGCUGUUUCAACACUUUCAUUUCAAUUCAGCGAAGAGGAAAGAGCAGCUUGGAAGAAUUCCGGAAAGCUCAAGCAGACUAUGUGUAAUUCAGAUAAAUCUUGGGAAGUAUUACUAAGCCACAUCAUCUGUGAGUUGUCAAAAGGGAGGCUUUACAAUGCAAGUAACACAGGUCAAGUAUCAAUGCUUGGUACCAAUGUCUGGUCUCCUCAGUCUAUUGAAUACAGUAUCCAGCAGUUCUGUCUGCCUUUCCUCAGGACUACAAGCCUUCUUCAACACCACCUGUUUGGUAAUGAUCUUCCCAGUUGUCAGCGAACAGAAGAAUUUGGGAUGCUUGCCAGCUAUCUUGGGUUACUGCUGCCCUGUCUUCAGUCAAAUGAUGAGUUCUGUAGUUCUGCCUGCCUUGACUGGCCGAUAGCAGCUCUGGAUCUUAUAUCUCAGUGGUGUUUGGAAGUAACGACUUCUGCAGAAAGUCAUUCAGAACAAGUUACAAAUCUACUCGUUCAGGAUCCACAGUGGUCUUUACCAUGUCUUCUUCAGCUACCAGAAAAUUAUAAUACCAUAUUUCAGUACUAUCAUCGUAAAGCCUGUGUUCACUGUUCAAAGGUGCCUAAGGAUCCAGCUCUUUGUCUAGUAUGUGGUACAUUUGUGUGCCUCAAAGGUCAAUGCUGUAAACAACAAAGCUAUUGUGAAUGUGUCCUGCAUUCCCAGAACUGUGGAGCAGGAACUGGAAUAUUCCUUCUGAUUAACGCCUCUGUAAUUAUCAUAAUUCGUGGGCACCGGUUUUGCUUGUGGGGAUCUGUCUACCUGGAUACUCAUGGUGAAGAGGACAGAGAUCUAAGACGUGGUAAACCACUGUACUUAUGCAGUGAACGCUAUAAAGUUUUGGAGCAACAGUGGGUGACACAUACGUUUGAUCACAUCAAUAAAAGAUGGGGGCCACAUUACAAUGGAUUAUAGCUGACUUGCACAUCUUUCCUGAAACAUGGUCAUCAAGAAGCUUUAGUUCAUACAAAUGUUAUGAAGUUUAUUUUUAAAAAUAGCCAUUUUGUUACAAAACAAACCACAAGAUCAUUAUUCUGCAAAGGUGCUAUUAAUAUCACUUUUAUGGCACUCUGAAAUAUCCCAGCAAAGCUAAAAGCCUUUCUCUAGAAGUGGGGUAAAAUAUCUUCUAUAAACUAAAGAGCCUUUAUUAGACAUAAUGAAGUAAUUGUAGCAUUGUAUGCAUACAAAAAGCACAAUUUGAAUUUGUGUGUUCCUCAGUAAAAUAGAUGUAAUGUUUUAAGAAUAUGGCCAAGAUUGAUUUAAUGUGUUAUUUUUGAAGGGUUGGUUGCUGAUUUUUCCUUACAAAAAGUACAUAUCUAUAGGAGGGUGAAAUCUGGUCCUAUACACUUGAUGGCAGUACACUAUUUAGAAAUUAAUUCUUUGACGACUGUUUCUUUUGUUGUGACAUUUUUUCUGAUUAGUCUGGCUGAGUUUUUUCCUUUGCUUUAAGAGGUUUUGAUUUACAUCUGGCCAUAAUAAUUUUCAUUAAGUUUACUGUAACAUGCCCAGUUUAUUUAAAACAAUUAUACAAGAAAAGGCUUUAAUCUGUGGAAACUUUCUAAUUAAAACAAAAAUAGGCUGUAAAACAUUCGGUCUCAGGAAAUUUUGUUUCUUAUUUUGUUAAAGGUAACUGAACAAAAGAAAUAUUCGGACUGACUGCUGCUAGUAACAGAAUAAAUAUCUUUUUCACAAGUUGCUUAUUUGGGAGCCUAGCUUUAAACUUUGCAGGUUUAUAAGCACCUUAUGGAGAUGGUGUGUUUACUAAGUUUGGUCACUAAGUUAGAAUGUUCUAACUACAAAUGUGCAACCUUGACCAACUUUAAUGCAAUCAGCAUUAAAACUGGGCAUUGUGGUAUGUUAUGCAAUGAUUAGAAUGGAAAUACACGGGCCCUCCCUCUGGCAAAUUUCUGUUUCAGAUAACCACUGUCACCACUCGGUUUAUUUGUAUUACAGUUAUGCAAUGUAAUUACCACCUUUUUUAUCUGAUUUACUAAACAGUAGAAAUUCAGAUGAUGUGGGAAAUCAGCAGUCCUAAUUUAAUCUCAUAACCAAAGUGCAAAUGGGAUUCAAAAUUUAACCGCAAGAAGUUGUGGGCACUUCACAUAUUGUCCUUUCAUUAUAGAAAUAUCUUCAAUUUUCAAGAUAAGCAAUUUUGUUUCUUGUUUGCUUUUCCCUUUUUUAAUUCAGCAGUCUUUAGCAAAUAAUAUACAGCUUCUGAUUAAAAUAUAGCUAGACUGGACAAAUCCAAAUGUCCAUUAGCAAAACUGCAUAAAAUGAAUUUGGUUUUGAUUUUGGUGUUCUGAGAAAAACGCAUUUCAGUCAUAUUUAUACCGAAUGUAAAGGUACACAUACCUGUCAACAAACGUUUCUGUCUACUAAAUCACAAAAAGGUGAAAAUACAGAAUAUAAAUCAUGAACACUCAAAAAAAAUAAUAAAAUCACAUAUUAAAGGGAGUAAUUAAUUAGAUGCUACAAUUCAAAAGUACAGGAAAGAGAUCCGUUACUAGAUCGGUCCUGUCAGAAUUGUCAUGGACUAGAUUGUGAGAUUGUUUGGAAUGAUUUAUCCUUGUAAACAUUGGGAGCUACUGAAAUUUGAUGUAUAAGAGGUAAUCAGGUAUUUUGUUUACUUGGAUACAAUUUCUGAUUUAAUUAAUACUUCAAUAUUCUAUAAAAAUUGUGAUUUAGUGUUUAUACCACCAUCUGUCAUGCAAAAAUAAGUGACAGACUUAAUAUUUCAUGACAAAUUUAUCAAGUAUUCUUUUAAGAAUUUGAAAGACCCCGAGUGCAGUGCAGAAUGGUAGUUAAACUUAUAACUAAUUAACAGCUUAAAUAAUUCAACAAUUUAGCAACAGUAUAUGUUUAAAAACCAGACAGUAAUGAGUACAGGUAUAUAAUUAUACCUACUAUGCUGGGAGUAUGGUAUUUAAUAAUGAAUCAUCUUCCAAUAAUUAUACAUGGAGUAUUCUUUAUUGCUGUAACUCUAAAAGGUGGUCAUUGGCUAUCAUUUACUUUUUGUUUCCAUUCUAGUGCAGUUUGAUUGCCAGAUAUGCCGAUGAUUUGAAAAUGUACUUGAAUUCAUGUAUGCUGCUGAAUUUUUAUUUUAGUUUUCUCUGUUUUCCAAGACCCACUAUCCAAAUUAAUAUCUUCAAAUAAGUGGUGUGUAAUUUGAGAUAAAGAUUGAGUGUUCACCAGUGUGUUACCCUGUAUGAAUGAAUGUUAAGUACAGUACAUUACUGUAAAUGCUGAACAUUUUCUGGCACAUUGAAAACUUUAGGAUUAAUCAAAAUAUGACUGUAAAAUAUGUUAAUAAAGGAUGUAAAUCAUG